AUGGCCAAGAGUCGGGUUCUAGUUGUUGGUAUGGGCGGGAUCGGUACCGUCUGUGCCUAUGGCUUGGAAAUUGGCGGUUUGGCUGAAGUUACUUCUAUGAUGAGGUCCAACUAUGCAGCUGCGACGGAAAAGGGGAUUGACAUUGAAUCUGUGGAUUUUGGUCAUGUCAAGUCCUGGAAACCAACCCAUAUAAUUAGAAGUGUACCUGACGUUUCCGUUCAAGGGAUUUCUCCAUUCGACUUCAUCUUAGUCGCUACAAAGAACGUUCCGGACGUAGCUCCAUCAAUAAUUGAUGUUGUCUCUCCAGCUGUGACGGUAGGCACAACUACCAUCGUUUUGGCUCAGAACGGCCUCAAUAUCGAAAUGCCCUUCAUCGAUCGCUUCCCCACCAAUCCCAUUCUUAGCAGUGUGGUUUACACCGCGGCGGAGGAGAUCUCCCCUGCCAAAAUUCAUCAUACCGAUCCUGAUUGGCAAAAGAUUGGUCCCUAUUAUAGCCCGCAUGUCCCAGCAGAGGUUGUCGAGAAGUCGGCGGAGAAAUUCGUCAAAAUCCUUGACCCAGAAGGCAAACGCAAGAUUUUCUACGACGCAGAUGUAUCUGGGGCCCGAUGGCGUAAGCUGGCCUACAACGCUUCCUUUAAUUCGGUGGCUGCCGCUCUCCAGAUGGACACAUCGAGACUCCGUAUGAGCCAGCAUCUCAUCGACGACCUGGUGCUCCCCAUCAUUCUCGAGGUUCAAGCUGCAGCUGCAUCGUGUGGCGUCACACUCCAGUCAGAUUUGGUUCAUUCUGUGAUGCAGCAAGAUAUGGCCGAUUCGUUCUAUAGGCCCAGUAUGAUGCAAGAUUUUAUCAAUAGAAAUUUCAUGGAGAUUGAGACGAUUGUCGGAGAACCACUGCGAGAAGGGAAAAGGCAUGGCAUCGCGAUGCCUACUCUUAGCGUUGUGUAUGGUAUUUUGAGGGGUUUACAGCUGCGCAUUAAGGAAGAGAAGGGCUUAUGGCAGCCCAAAUACGGACCUGGCAAUCCUUACAUGUGA